AUGGAAUUCAGCGUCAAUUUAUUUAUUGUUCUUUACGCCUCGCCACAUUUUAAAGUCUGAGUGACUGAGUUAGCUGGUCAACUAAAGAAAAUCCUAAAUAUACCACCUAAUUCAGAAAAUUUAUUUAGGCCUGCUAUCUGGAGCUCUGCCUCUUUUAUUGCACUUCCAACUGAUUUGAUUAAAAUUAGGCUUUCAAGAGAUGUAAAAAGCUCACAAUUGAGACAUAAAGGAUUAAUUAACGAGUGCAGAGAAAUGAUAAGAGAAGAAGGGCUUAGAGCUUAA